GGCAGCUGCUGAUCCAGAUUCUUCACAGAGGGGGGGAAAAAGCUGAAUAGAAACAUCUGUUCUGUUAGCCAUCAAGACACCCAAAAUCUUCCAUGCCUCUCUGCUGGGGAAUCUGCUCUGCUGGGAAGAUUUCCCAUGACUUCAUUGUGGCCUUGAAAACUCUGCCAGCAGAUCACAAGAUAGCUGCUAUCGCUUCUAGCAAUCUCAAGCGUGCCCAGGAAUAUGCCAAACUACAUGGCAUUUGGAGGGCCUAUGGCUCUUAUGAGGAACUUGCACAGGAUCCUGAUGUGGAUGUGAUCUACGUGGGUUCUCUCAACAUCCAGCAUCUUUUUCACACCACCCUCUUCCUCAGGGCUAAAAAGCAUGUUCUCUGUGAAAAACCAAUGGGCAUGAAUGCCCGCGAAGUACAGGAGAUGAUACGAACAGCUCAGGAGAACAACGUCUUCCUCAUGGAGGGCUUCUGGACCAGAUUCUUCCCGGCAUCUGAAAAAAUCCGUAAUGUCCUGUGCCAGAAAUCUCUUGGAAAUUUAAAAGUGCUCCGAGCUCAACUAGCUGUUCGGAUGGACAAUAUUCCAAGGCUGCUGGAGAAGAAACUGGGCGGAGGUGUCAUCCUGGAUUUGGGCUGUUACUGCAUCCAGUUUGCCUCUAUGGUUUUUGGGCCUGAAAUGCCCCAGUCGAUUCUGGCCUCAGGACUGCUGUAUGAAACAGGAGUGGACGAAACCGUUUCCAUAAUCCUCAACUAUUCAGAGAACCGUCAGGCUGUGCUUAAUGUCACCAUGAUGAUCGAUCUACCAGGAGAGGCAACGAUUGGAGGAACGAAAGGCAUUAUAAAGAUUCCGGACAACAUGAACUGCCCUACAAUCAUGUUUCUGAAAGGGAACCGGUGGGAAUGUCCCUUGCCACCUUCUCCAGAGCCCCUCUACUUUAAGCACAAUAUUGGGUUUCGAUAUCAAAUUGAACACGUCCGAGAGUGUUUGGAAAAUGGUUUGAAGGAAAGUCCCAUCAUGCCCUUAGAAGAGAGUGAAAAAAUUGCCUGUAUCAUGGAUGAAGCACGAAAACAGGUGGGAGUAGUCUACGAACAGGACCGUGAUGUGUAACGUUGAGAUGGCUAAUAAAAUUUUCAAUUCUACCAAAAGUUGCCUCUACACAAUGGUUGCGUUAAUUAAUUUAAAAUUGUCUGGUUCAGAAUAAGCAAGGUCGGUUUUGGCCUGGAAAAGCAUAAACUCCAUGAAAAUGUUGGCAGAAUGUGCACUUCUAGGUUAGAACUUUAAAUGAUCUGCUUUUAAAGAGAGCCAAUAUGGUAUAAUGGUUAAGAAG